AUUAGGGAGUUGGGCGACCUCAAGUUUAAAUUAACAAAUUGGACGAAUCGCCUUUUCCAGAAUUGUGAAAUGUCGACAGAGUGCGCGUGUGGUUCUUGAUAUUACGACCGUGCCACCUCUUGAUUUUUUAUUUAAAAAUCAAAAAAAGACCUAAUAAAAGAAUAAAAAAGAAGGAAAUUAGAAAAACCAAAACAUCCCUAUAAUAUCAAAAUAUACCAGAACCACCUCUAAACAGCUGCAAUUGAGAACCAAACAUAAGAAGAAUCCCACAUAAGAACCACUCUCGACUGUACCCAGAUCGGCAUGGUAUCCCCCUCCAGCGUAACGCCCUCGAGGAGGGUGACUCGUAGUCAAUGCGCCAGUGAUAGAGAAGCAAAUCCCAAGAAAAUUCCCCGACUAGGCAAAACUGCGUCUCGUUAUGCAGUAUCUAGCACGGAGUCCGAACUAGAGGAACCUGCAUCCACCGACCAAGAAGAAGCUGCAUCCACUGAACAAGACGAAGCUGCAUCCACCGAGCCGGAAUUUAUUGUCACCACGCCGACUUUCCCGGAAAGACUGUUCGCACGUAAUUGCUAUCCUGGCAAACCUCGACUGAACAUCUAUUCAAAGGCGAGUAUCAUUGGAUCGUUAGUGAAGUUGCUAAGAGGCUCCCCUGAAAUGAAUUGUCUGCUAGGAAGUCAGUUUGGAGCUCUGUUCCACUUACCUGUAUCGCGCUACUCAAACUCUGUGAAACUUGUACAUUCUCUCCUCAGCCGUCAGCUGGUUACGAUGCGCCUAUAUGAGCUCUGGUUCUUGUUUGCAGACAAGCCACUACGCUUUUCUCUGCGUGAGUUCGGAGACAUCACGGGCCUGAAAUGCGAGCCUGAAAGGGAAAAAGUUGGAAACUGGUCAGAAUCUAUCGAUGCCACACCUGGACGUAUGUGGAAAGAGUUGUUUGAAACUGAAGAUGAAGACGUGACUGUACCAGAUGUUCUUCGUAUGCUUGAACAGCCUAGUCUUCCUGAGUGGAAGCGGUUGCCACUAGCUCUCAUUGCGCUUGUAGAUGGGCUCCUGGUUUGUGGUCACAAACUUCUUCGUGUGACGCCUGCUUACGUCGAGAUGCUGGAAGACACCAGAUCAUUUCUUCAAUAUCCAUGGGGGAGAGAGCAGUCAACAGCGUGUUAUGGGUUCCCUCUGGCGCUGAAACUUUUUGCUUUUAAAGCUAUCCCCUCAUUGCUUGAGAAAAUUCUCGAACCUAAUAAAACCACUUCUUUCUUGCAAGAACCAGAAGGAUGCGACUCAACAAAUGCACUUCUGAAUUUUGAAGACAUACUUCUGGUGGAAACCCAAACUGAGGUUAUUGUUACGUAUUCAAUCCCAGAUGAAGGUGGGGAUCCAAAGUGGAAGAAAGAAGUAAUCGAUCCCCAAAUAGAUAACUUAGUUCGUCGAAUGCGGGAAGGGCACGAGUUCAAAGCAACAGACUUUAGAGGAGGUGAUUCAUCCCUUCCACCUCUGAAGCCAGCCGAAAAGGCUGAAGGUGUUGGUGUCAAAAAGAAGUGUCAAAAGCCGUCUAAUCGGUUUGGGAAAGCAUGUGAUGAACCUGGAAGUUCGACUCAGGCGCCUCAGCGUCCUAUUCGACCUCGUCGUGGGAUAUGUAAACAGGCUGAACCAGGAAACUUAUCAGAUAAGGAGCAAGAGCUGAAAGAGUGGAUACGAGUUGAACUGAAAACCCAGUUGGUUGCUAACUCUUUUGCUUUCCAACAUUUCCAAUAUGUGGCCGUAAACAAGAACUCACUCCGGAGCAUCUUGGGUAAUUCAGAUGCGCGCGGUCCAGCUUGGAGCCUUUCAUACUUCGAUCUCAUUAGUGCAGCUAUUACUUUCGACGUCGCAUGUUUCUUAUAUUGCGCUUUAGCAUCAGAUGUGCAGACAUGCUUCAGUUGCGCCUUCCUCACCUGA